UUAAUGCUCUAUUGUGCUAUUUCUGUCUUUAUACUGUCAUUUUAAUAGACAGUAGCAAGGGUAAAAUGCUGUAGAAGAUGUUAACCAUUUGGGCACCUGUUGUAUCAAUCACUGUCUAAAAGCAGGGCAUAAGGUAGGGCUUCAUUAUGGCACUAUGAUCAUCUUUGUUGUGGAGGAAUAUACAGUGUUGCAUACAGCUGCAGAAUGGGACCAAACAAGUACAAGUUGAGUGUGUGUGAUGUGAAUAAAAAGGAGGCUGGGGCUGGCUGCUGUGAUGAAAUCACUGUGUUUUAAGAGGAGGGUGUUUAUUGGUGCCAAAGAACUCUCUGAACCAGCUGACCUGCUGUAAGGAACCUUGUGUGUUUUACACCAUGUCAGUGGUGACCAAUCAGCCUCUUUCCUUUGGUCGACUGGAGCGAGAAAAGCACAUCCAGAUGAUUUUCAGAGCUUUCCAGAACCGCUGUGGGCCUUCAUGUGAGUGCCACACUCACUCACUUGCACCCAAACCCCACCAAACACCUCCUGACUGGGAAUCUGAUGAGCAGCCGUCUGGUCUGGCUCCUGGCAGGAGGGUGGAGAAUGGCGACAUGCAGCCACAGGGGAAAGCGAACAGGCCAGGGGUGGAGCAGCAGUGGCCUGGAGGUGCAGUGGGAUCACACUUUAUGUCUGUGCUGGAAACAGUCAAUCAAAUACACAUCACUGCCAGACCAGAGCUGCAGGGUCCACAGUGUGUUCCCAGGAGGAUCUACAGCAUCGCCACAGGAGGCAGCAGGUCACAGUUAUUUGUGGCUGUGGAAGAGAGUUCCUGUGUGUGCCUCCAGUGUUGCGGUCCAGCUCGCGCCUGUUCCUUGCAGGGCUUUGAUUGUCAGGGCCGCCAGGUGUUUUAUUUAGAAAGGCCCCUUAGAGUUGACGCCUGCUGCCUCGGUUGCUGCCUGAUGGAGAUGAGGGCCUACACACCUCAGAAACAACUCAUUGGCACUAUAUGCCAGAGGUGGAGUAUGUUCACCCCUCUCCUGGAAGUGUGUGAUUCAGAAGGAGCAUCUACCAUCAGAAUUCAGGGCUCCUGCUGUCCAUGCCGCUGCUCCUCCAACCAGCAAUUCCAGAUUGUCUCCAACACUGGUGAGAAAAUAGGCACAAUAUGGAAGAAAUGGCCUGGCCCCAGUGACGAACAUAACAUGGACCAUGAAUUUUUUGGGCUGGAGGUGCCACUGAGUAUGGAAUCACACAAUAAACUGCUGCUGCUGGCAGCCUCUUUCUUGUUGAAUCACAUGUUCUUUGAAAUGAGCUGAUCAAUCAUGAGUAAACUGACAUUGUUGAACGUGGUCUACAACUAAUGGACACUCCAGCCAAGUCACUUCAUGGUACAAGAGACUGCAUCAUUGAAUAGUAUUUAUAAAACAGUAGGGGCUUGUGUAGCAUUUAAAACAAUUCAACAUUUAUGAAAGAAAAUGACACUGAACCGGCUUUAGCAGCAGAUGCAUAUUUGACAUUUAUUGCUAUAAUCCAUCAGGUGAACAUCCAACAGUGUUUCUUCACUUUUGACACACACCUGCACCCAUCAUCACACCACCAAACAUGGGCAGCAUUACAGUUUUUCAACUAUAGGCGCUUUCUUGACA